AGGCUGCGACGCCGCCGGGUCCGCCGCGGCGCUGACGGCAGUGGCGGGUGUGAGCGCAGAGCCGGGCCCUGGGCAGCGGCGGCGCGGUAGGACCUCGCGCAGCGUCCGCGGGCUCCGGGGCGGGGGCUCCAGCGGCAAAGCCCCCUCCCCGGGGAGGCGGGGCCUGGGGGAGCUCCCUAGCCAGGGAGCGGCGGCGGCCGGGAACGAUGCAUCAGAAGCUGCUGAAGAGCGCGCAUUACAUUGAGCUGGGCAGCUACCAGUACUGGCCGGUCCUGGUGCCCCGUGGCAUCCGCCUGUACACCUACGAGCAGAUCCCCGUGUCCCUCAAGGACAACCCGUACAUCACCGACGGCUACCGGGCCUACCUGCCGUCCAGGCUGUGUAUCAAAAGUUUGUUUAUUUUAUCUAAUGAGACAGUAAACAUCUGGAGUCAUUUGCUGGGUUUCUUUCUCUUCUUCACCCUGGGAAUAUAUGACAUGACAUCUGUGUUACCUUCAGCAAGUGCGUCCAGAGAAGAUUUUGUAAUUUGUUCUAUUUGUCUUUUCUGCUUCCAGGUCUGUAUGCUCUGCUCUGUGGGCUAUCAUCUUUUUUCCUGCCAUCGGUCAGAAAAAACAUGUCGAAGAUGGAUGGCAUUAGAUUAUGCAGGAAUUUCUAUUGGAAUACUGGGCUGCUACGUCUCAGGAGUAUUUUACGCAUUUUAUUGUAAUAACUACUGGCGUCAGGUAUACUUGAUCACAGUGCUUGCUAUGAUCCUGGCAGUGUUCUUUGCACAGAUUCAUCCCAAUUACCUCACGCAGCAAUGGCAAAGGCUCCGUUCUAUCAUCUUCUGUUCUGUUUCGGGGUAUGGAGUGAUUCCUACUCUUCACUGGGUUUGGCUCAAUGGAGGAAUUGGUGCUCCUAUUGUACAGGACUUUGCACCCCGUGUAAUUGUGAUGUAUAUGAUUGCUCUUCUUGCUUUCCUAUUCUACAUUUCCAAAGUCCCAGAGCGGUACUUUCCAGGACAACUAAACUACCUCGGAUCAAGCCACCAAAUAUGGCAUAUCCUUGCAGUAGUGAUGUUAUAUUGGUGGCAUCAGUCAACAGUGUAUGUCAUGCAGUACAGACAUAGCAAGCCUUGUCCUGACUAUGUUUCACAUUUGUGAAUUAGGUAUGGCCACCUGGUGAAUUCAGUUGUUAAGCAAUAUAUAAUGGGGAAUUGUAUACCCCACUAUUUCUAAAAUUCCCAUUCGUUUUCCCUUUUUCCUCUUUAAUAUGAGUAACGCUUUAUAAAAAUGGCGGAAAAAAGUAUACUUAAGGAUCUGUAGUAAUAGCUGCUUUACAAAACCCUUAAAACUACUAAUUUGCUGCUUGUACAGAAAGUGAAAAUUAGUUGGCAGUCAUAAGAAAUAUCUGAAUAACAAUGAUGAAUGGGAAACUAGUGUUGAAAUAGGAUUCAUUUUACUUAGCACCAGCUUAAUUUCCUUAGGAAGGGCUCAUCUCCAUUAGAAAAUGGAGUCAUCCUAUGUGCUUAACUAUUUUCAGUAAAUUACCAAGUUUAAGUGCCUAAUCAAGUCAAGGGUUGUUUCAGCCUAUGCUUAAUGCAAGCUAGGAUAGUGAUUUUAAAUAAUCACUAGCUUUUAAGUACAUGAUUUGUGAGAAACUGGCACUUCAGAGAUUAUAUCCUUUAGCUAUAGGUUCUCUCCCUAAGAACAUUAGAUAUUUUAGUUUUCCAGAACAAAAGCUUUAAACUUCUCCUGCAAGUUGAGAGAAGGUUUGAGAAGAGGAAAAGAACAUGUCAUUUUCUAUCAGAUAAGAAUCACAUUAGAAACUAAGUACAGGAUUAGACAAAUUAUGUGAUCAAAUAACAUAGUCAUUAGCCACCUAAACAUUUUGAUUCCAGAUAUUAAUUCCAUAUAAUAACUGAAUUCUUGUGAGUGGAUUACAGCAGGUUUUUGAUCCCAAAAUUCCAGAGCUUUCAACUCUCUGAAUUUUUAGUCCUGAAUAUCCAGUGAUGGGGGUUCCCAGCUUUAUGGGUGCUACUUUCAAGGCCAUAGAAUCUAGAUGGCCCUGUCUUGACCCUGAAAUGAACCUUAAGCCUUAGAACAAAGUCAUGCAGAUACCCCAUUUGAUAAUACACUUAUUCACCUGUGCUCUAGUCCUUGGUUUCUGCAUGUGUUAGCAUUGCAUUGAUAACUCAGAAUCUUGAUAAACACUUAAUAUUUGGACCUGAAGCAUUAAACUUUCUCUUUAUUGUAUAUACUUAAAAAAAUAGAUCUCACUGCCCUAUCAUACAUUGUAGCCCUCUUAUUCUUUGGUCUUUCAUAUGCAUUAAAUCCCUUAAAGCAGACAUUCAUAAAAACUUACAUUGUUUAUUGGAAUAUAAAAUAUUACCCAAGUUUCUUAAUGAGUUGACACGAGCUGUUUUAAAUAUUGGUGUAUUUUCAGAACAGCAAAAUUACUGAAUAUCAGAAAAAAUGUUAAUUGAUGAUGAAGCUUAUUCCCAAAAUGCCUUUUGUACAUAUGAUAUUUGGAAAGUCACUUUAAUGUGCCUCAGUUAAUACCAUCAGUGAAAUGUUGUGUUUCUUUUCCAGUGUAGUGUUUUUGGAAUAUAAAUUCCCCAUGCUAGUAUCUCAGCAAAGAGAAUUUCCCCCCAGGAGGCUCAGUAAAGGAAUACCAUGUCUUACCCAUCGUGAUGAUGGAACCCUGCUUUGAAAAUGGCUAUUCUACCUUAUAAGGUUAAAAUUUUGAUCCAUAUGUUAAGUGAUAGAAGAUUUUGGUGCAACAGUAGUAGGAUAUAUUUCUCCUAGAACAUCCCUUAUUGGCUUACAUGAUUUUAUUGCCUUUAAAUAGAUAUUUUGUCAUUUUGGCCAAACAAAAGACACUGAGUAGUUACACUUAAGUUAAAAAUGAGAGGAAAGUCAUUAUUUUAGGUGUGGAGCCAUUUUUAUUAGAAAACUUUGUCAAAAUAAAAAAAACUGAAUCAUUUCAAUUUUUGCAAUCCCUGUAUUAGUAUAUGAAUUAAUACUUGCCAUCUGAAUUAAUACAUAAAAAGAGCAUACUGUGUUUUUAAAUCAGUGUUUCUUUGAAUUUAAAGGGUGUACAGGUCUUUCUCUAGGAAACAUUGUUCCGUGUAAACAUUUCAACUUUUUAUGAAAAUGUUAAAUAUUGUAAGAAAGUUAUCCUCUCAUUUUUUCACUGCUUUGAUGUAUUUAUUAUAAAGUAGGGAAUAAUGAAUGAAUGUGGAUUGCUGUCAACUAGAAACACUUCUGUAUGUCAGUCAGCAUUUAAUGACCACCUACUGUGUGCACAGCACUACUGGUAAAAUUUUGAAGACAUUGUUAACGUUAAAAAAUAUUUUAAAGUUGUCUACAAAUCUGAGCCUUGUAAUGAUGUAUAUUUAUUUUUGUUUUUAUAGAUUAAAAUAUACUAUCCAGUUACAGUACUAAAAAAGACUGGUUUUAAUUUUACCAAUGUGUGAACUAUAAAAGCUUUUGCCUACAGAUUUUACAAGUACAUUUUAAAAUUAUCUAUGGCUGUUUUAAAUUGUCUCGCAAUUUAUAUGGUUGUGGUUAACUCAUUUAAGAAACAAUUUUAUCUUUCUAUAUUAAGCCAUUUUCAAAUAGCAAGACAGUGCUUGUCUUUUUUUGUUAUUACACUAACUGCAGUUCAGUAAGCUGCAUGACAAAAUAUGUAUUAUGUAAAUAAACCGGGUUUACUAAAUA